CUCUUUGCUCUGCUCUAUUUAUAUAGCUUUCCUUCCCCUGUUUUUCAACUAAAAGUAAUCUCGUCUAUAUAUAUUUUUAAGUUCCUUUGCUUAUUUAAACAAUGGAAAACAAUGAAAAAUGCGCCCAAUUUUCAUCCUCUCUAUCUCAAUCUCCUUCUUCUUCUCCUUUGCCGUGUUUUCCUUCCCUAAAUUCUCAAUCUCCGCCGCCAACGGUUGUUCUCAGCCCUUGCGCUGCCUGCAAAAUCCUUCGCCGCCGCUGCGUCGAGAAGUGUGUAUUAGCGCCUUAUUUUCCUCCGACGGAGCCUUAUAAAUUCACCAUUGCUCAUCGAGUUUUUGGUGCAAGCAAUAUCAUCAAGUCUUUGCAGGAAUUACCAGAAUUACAAAGAACCGACGCGAUAAACAGCAUGGUGUAUGAGGCGAGCGCUCGGAUCCGUGACCCCGUGUACGGUUGCGCUGGGGCCGUGUGCCAACUUCAAAAACAGGUGAGCGAGCUCCAAGGGCAGCUCGCCAAGGCUCAAGCCGAAAUCGUCACAAUGCAAUGGCAACAAGCCAAUUUGGUAGCCAUCAUCUUGGAAAUGACUCAAACCAACAGUGGUUCUCAGCAAAUUGAUACCGCUUGUUUUCUUGAUGAUAAUAAUCUUGCUUCUGCUUGGGAGCCUCUUUGGACUUGA